AUGUUUUGUCUGACUUUAGAAUACGGUUUUGACGACGAUGUUAACGGUGACAUUUGCGAUCCCGAAGGCUUCCUAGUCGCCCCACUCCGAUCUAUCCAGCAAGCCGUGUUAGCAAACAAUCCUCAGUAUUUCUUCUUGCGUGCACCGGACUUUGUCUCCCCCGUGGACCAACAGCACUCUUUGAGCGACCUAGAUCCCAUGGGCGCUCAGCUGUCUGAAGACAUCUCCAGGCUGCAUGACCGUGUUGCCUGGAUGGCCAAAACGAUAAGAGACAAUUUGCGCCGACUGGAUUUAGACUUGUCCUCCGCUGCGCGGCCUAGUCGACACCGUCCCACUCUGGACAAACCGUUGUUGCGAAUCGUCUUCAGUGGAUGCGUUACCACCAGUGCGUUUAUUCCCUCCAACGGAACGGAACUCUAUGUGUCUCAGGGAGAACACGUGCCAGUCGAAAACUCAUCACGUCCUGGAACACUGCCGCCGAACUAUUUGCUGGAACGGGAUAAAUCAGGACCAUCCAGCUGGCACCACGAGGAUGUUGUUCGGCCAAUCAGUUCCUCUGCGAACACUGCCGGGGAAGUGCUCCAAAACUUCGGUGGAAGCUGCAG